AUGCCUAUACCAGCUCCUCGCCGCACGAAGGUGCAUGACCACCCCGGCUCGUCUGCUCAAGAGGUAGCAGAUGAGCCUGACUGGGGUGCUGGCCAUCAACACCGUAUCGGCUUCAGGAAUCGACAAGAACGAGUUGCUGGCUUCACUCAUGAUUCGGAUCUUCCAGACCCGGAUGAACAGGAAGAAGACGAGAAAUUCACCGAAGAUGCUAUGAGACAGUAUCAAGACCUGAGGCAGAGGGCGAAGAAGGGUGAUCUGGUUAAUUUCCAAGAACUAAUGAAGAAUCAGACCGAUUUUCAUAGACAUCGGCCGAAUGUGUAUCCGCCAGGUUUUAGAUUUGUGGUCAGAGGUACAGAAGAUUGGGUAAAAAAGGAGCAGGAUUGGCCAGCGAAUAUCAAGGCGAGGAAGAAGCAGGAGCAGCAGGAGAAAGAGCAGGAUGAGAAGGAGAAGAAGGAAAUUGGUGGUCAGGUGACUGACAAGGAGGAGGAGAAGCAACAUGCUAAGGAAGAGCAUGAAGAGAACAAUUAUGAGGAUGAAUGGAGGAAGCAGAAUAACAAAGGCGGGAAGAAGCACCAUGGAGCUUACGGGAAGAGCAAGGAGAAGCAGAAAGGGGAUGAAGAGGGCGCUCAGCAAAGUAGAGAUCAGCAGAGUGGAGAUCAACAAAACGGCGAGAAUCAGCAAAAGACAGAAUAUCAGAAGCUACGACAAAGAUAUAGCCCAGAAGAGAUCACCUUAUUGAGACAUCUGCAGCAUGAGUCGGAGCAUUUGCAGAAAAUGCAGCUUAACGAUGGGAAGCGAGUGUCGCCAGUUAAGUCCAAGGUCGCCCACCGCGACAUCUCCAUAGAGAUCCAAGACGCUAUGACUCCGGACAAUUGGGUACCACGCAGCGGUGAUCUGGUCCGACGGACUGGCCAGCAUCCGUUUAACGCCGAGCCUCGUCUAGAAGUGUUGUUUCAGGCGGGCCUGAUCACGCCGAAUGCUCUACACUAUGUUCGAAACCAUGGCAGCGUCCCUCGGCUGUACUGGGACACGCAUAUGCUUGACGUUUGCGACGGAGAGCUCAAGCUCAGCAUGGACGAUUUGCAGAAUCUGUUCCAGCCUGUCAACAUACCUGUUGCGAUGGGUUGCGAUGGCAAUCGACGUGGUGAACUCAACCUCCUAAAGAAGAGCAAAGGCUUCAACUGGGGUCCUUGCGCUAUUUCUUGUGCCUAUUGGAAAGGUGCUCUGCUCUGGCAGGUUCUCGAGAAAGCUGGCGUCAAGUGCGAUGCGUGGAACGGAAGGCGCCAAUGGGUCAACUUUCAAGGUGCAGACGAGCUCUCAGAAGGGAAAUAUGAGACUUCGAUACCUCUCGAUUACGCUCUCGAUCGUGCGAACGACGUACUUCUUGCAUACGAGAUGAACGACACGAAACUCCCGGCCGAUCAUGGCUUUCCGGUACGGCUACUCAUUCCCGGCUUCGUCGGCGGCCGCAGUGUCAAGUGGCUGGCCCGCAUCUGGAUCAGCGACGAAGAGAAUCAAUCUUACUACCACAUUUGGGACAAUCGAGUUCUUCCUGCCUUCAUCACAGAAAAGGAUGGCGCUUUCGCUACAACAAUGUUCCACCAUCCCUCAACAAAGUGUAUGGAGCAGAACCUCAAUUCUGUAAUCGUCCAUCCCGGGCAGGGCGAGAAAUUAAACAUACUCGACUUCUUGAAGAAAGACACCUACCGUAUCGAAGGGUAUGCGUAUGACGGUGGUGGACAUGAAGUGCAGCGUGUUGAGAUCUCCCUAGAUCACGGCAAGAGCUGGCUCUACAGCAUCCGCACCUUCCCAGACAGCCCAAUUCGGAACGGCAAUAAGUUUUGGACCUGGCUACACUGGCACGUCGAUGUCGAACCUGCCUACCUCAUACGUGCCGAGUCAGUCGUUGUGCGAUGUUUUAAUGUAUUUAAGAACACACAGCCUGAAGAGCCUGUGUGGAAUGUAAUGGGCAUGAUGAAUAACGGGUGGUACACGGUCAAGCCAGAAACAACGAAAGACGGCGAGCUGAUGUUUAGACAUCCUUUCCAUCAAGAGGACAACGAGGGGUGGAUGAAGCCCAGCGUGGAGAACCAGCUGGCAGCUGCACAACAGGGUAGCAACACGCCCGAUAAGCAGUUCACGAGGCAGGAGAUCGAGAAGCAUUCGAGCAAGGAUGAUUGUUGGUUGGUUAUCAAUAACAAUGUCUACGAUGCUACCUCUGUGCUAUCGUGGCAUCCAGGAGGAAGCGCUCCACUUCUUGCCAACGCAGGCAAGCUGAGUCUUGAUGUCACGUCCUCUUUCGAAUCAAUACACGACGAUUACGCGCACAAGAAGCUGCAAGAACAUGUUAUUGGCAAGGUCACAGAUAAAGCCGUGAAAUUCAUGCAGGAGCAAGCCAAAGAAGAGGCAGAGAGAGCCUCUAAAGAAGGCGAGAGCAAGACGUUCUUGCAGGCGAAGAAGUGGGUACCUGUGAAACUCGUUAACAAGGAGCAGAUAUCCCAAGAUACCUUCACGUACACUUUCAGCUACGCCGAGGAAGAUAGCAGAGAAUUUGCGGCUGAGUAUGACCAGAAAGAGGAUCACAUGAGUGGCAGUGCGGACACAGAUGAUGAAAAGAAGGAUGACACGCAGAAUGGUGGGAAGGCGAACAAGAAUAAGAACAGGAAUGCGAAACAAGGCAAGCAUUACAAACCACUCGGCUUGCACACUUGCCAGCACAUACAGUUCGGCAUUCAUAUGCUUGACAAGUUGCUCAUACGCAGUUACACGCCGACGAGACCGAUUGCGGAAAAUGAAGAAGAUGGCACGUUCGAUCUCACUGUCAAGACUUACUUUCCGGACGAGAACCAGCCUGGUGGUGCGUUCAGUAACUUCUUGUACGAGUUAGAAAUUGGUGAGCAGGUGGAGGUCUGUGGACCCACCGGUGAAAUUACGUACGUAGGUAUGGGCAAGUUCAAUAUCGAGGGACGGGAGAAGACAUUCAACAAAAUCAGUCUCGUCCUCGGCGGUUCCGGCGUCACGCCAGGUUAUUCUUUGAUCAAACGUGUCUCCGAAGAACUCGCCUCGGACGAUAAUAAGGAGGCGCCGGCAGUGAGAAUUAUCGAUGCGAACAAGACGGAGGACGACAUCUUGCUGCAUGACGAUUUGAAUAAGAUGAAUGAGACGAGCAAAGGAAAGAUUCAAACUACGUUUGUGCUAAGUCAUCCGGGAGACAAGGAUAAAUGGGAGAAGAAUGGUGGUCUCAGAGGGCACGUGAACGAAGAUAUGAUCAAGCACAAGCUCUUUGAGCCUGGCGACAGGAGCGUUGUGUUCUUGUGUGGUCCGCCGGCCAUGAUUCAAAAGGCAGCGCUGCCGGCAUUGAAAGAUUGGGGAUAUGAAGAGGAUGAGAACUGCUUUGGAUUCUGA